AUGCUGAAGCUCAUAUUAAAUUCCCAUUUUCGCUAUAGUUCCCCUUUAAGCUAAGUUUGGGGGAGGAACUGAGGAGUUACAAUAAGCUCUCGGCUGCACCGGACAGCAGGUUAUACGGGUGUACGGACGGUGUUUUAUGUUUAGUUCUGUGGAAGUAGUAGUGCGCCCGCUAUAUGCCUGUAGGGGGAGCGCUAGUGCUGGCUCAGAAUAUCUAUCGGGUUCGGGCAGCAAUUACAAACAAGGUAUUCUGUGCCCCCCUCCUUUAGGUCACGCAGCAGACACCGUGACGUCAGUCUAACAGGGGUCAGUUUCUGGGUACAGAUCAGCAGAGGAUCCAAAUCUUUCCUGCUCCCAGUCCAUGAACUGGUUGGAAGUCCUGUGAGGCUCCGGUCUGCCUUGUGCCCUCCAGCCUAGUUAGGCGCGCCCCUGCACGUGACCUCGCAUAAGGACUGGCGCGAGCCUUCCCUGCCGCCGGGCGGGAGAUAAAAAAAAACAUGUAAACAAUGUACUCGCGCUGUCUGUGUGUUGGGGGAGGGGAUGGACGCUGGGCGGUGAUUAUAGCGGCCAAUUAGAAGCUACAGGGCGUGGUCUUGUAACACGACGCUUGCUUUCAGCUAGCUUGUCUUUUAGCCCGGUUAGUCUUCCAUAAGCUGGCGGAGGUAUAGGUUGUGCGCUGCACGCCGGGAUUGCUCUUUGUGUAAAGUCCCUGUUGACGUUUGGCCGGUCACGUCGCUUGCUCCAGUGCUUGGCGCUGUACUACGUUAUUUCCCAAUUGUGGAUGUUGAUCUCUGAUUUGCGAGGAGCAGCGGCGAUGAAGAAUUCCAAGCUGUGAAUAGAUAAAAAUCCCAAAUGGCCAAACAAGCAUCGGUCUUGUGUCCGGAGUGUAAUAGUGGUGAAGGUGGCCAGUUACAAUCAACAAGCAGACGGCAUUCUCAUCGCCCUCUCAGAAGAGGGGCCCCCACCUCUCUUAGCAGCCCUUUUCAAGGUAAUCAAUCAGAUGAGGUUGGGAGCUCCUCAGCCAGCACACCUUGGGGUCCUACUAUAUCGCCUUAUAGCCCCAGUUCCUUUGUCAACAGAUCACCCCAUUGCAUGCUGGUAAGAGGAUCAUCACUUGUCUCCAAAACCUCAAGUGGCUAUUUUUCAUUCGAAGUGAGUCCUGGGCCUGUGAGCUGUGAUAAAUCAACUCAAACACCAAGCCCUCCUUGUCAGGCAUUUAAUCAUCUCCUUUCUGCAAUGGCUGCCAGAAAUCUUGUGGAUCAGAUGACUCCAGAACUGUGGAUAGCACAGGAACUCCGACGGAUCGGGGAUGACUUUAACGCAUCGUUUGCUCCAAGAAGGGGCAUUUUCAACAAUCCUCCACGACCCUUGGACAAUGACCAAGUAAUAAUUCUGCGUGUUGUACGUUUCUUUAUCCGCUUCAUCCUGAGAUUAUGACUGACCCGGACAAGUAUUGGCCUAUGAAGGAUAAUCGCUCAAGGGCUCUCAGUUUCUUGUUUUUCUCUGAGGCUUCCAUCAAAGUAUUUUUAUAUUUCAUCAGCACAUACUCUGCUAUGCAAUUAACUUAUCCCUCGAGCCGUCCUCCUCUGGAUUUAUGGGAAAUCUUACUUUCUGAACAAUAUUGGAAACUUCCAGGAAGAGAUAAAUUUAAGAAACGCUGAUGCCAUGACAAACUUUUUAAAUUUCUUUUAAAGAUGGCUUUUUGUAGAAAGGAGAUGAAUUUAUAUAUAACUGAUAUAUAUAUAUUAAAUGUUUUAGUCUUCUACUGAGUUACACGUCCAUCUCCGACAACCUGUGGACUUUUUGCCGAGGGAACUGAGCUAGGUGAUCCAUGCAGAUACCUUACUAUGCACCUGAAAAGGGAGAGAAGAUCACGUGACUUUCAAAGGGAGAAUAUUUUAAUUCAUCAUUGCUGGAACACACUUUCCCUUCAGCUUUCCUAUGGUAAUUCGCACAAUGGUUUUAUAAAGACAAGCUCCCAAUUCUUUCAAUCCGUCUGUUCUCUGUGAGGAUUUUUAUAGCUGAAUAUAUUAAGAAUCUAGAAAUGUUUGCAACUUGAAUAAUCUGUUACUGGAGCCAUCAGCACUUGUCCGUCUUCCAUGCAAAUCGGUAAAGCGGAAGCCUUCCUCGCUCACUCCCAGAUGCUUAUUGUUAUUUAGGUGUAAUGAACAACCAUAACACAUCUUCUGCCUGUG